AUGCCAGAGUUAAUAAUAGAAAAUUACAUGGAAGGGAGCAACAUGAACAACAUGCAAUUGCUGAAAAGGGAAUGGCAACAAUUGAGCUGCAAAGCAUCUGACGUAGAAGAAGAAGUGAACAGAGAAGAAAAUUCAGGUAAAAAGAGAAGGAAGGAAGUUGAUGUUUGGUUGAAUGAAGUUAAAAAGUUAAGUCUUGAAAUCAAUGCAUUGGAAACAAGUGGAUCAUCUUGGGGGCUUUCAGUAAAGAAGGAUCCUAUAGCAAAGCUGCUACUUCAGGUGGAAGAACUCAUUAAUCAGAUACAUCACUUCAAUGGGCUUGUGCUCGAUGCUUAUGACAACAUCAAGGAGUCAUUGCUGCCAACCAAAUUAUUUGGAGCAAAUUUUAAUGAAGCUUUGCAGGGGAUUUCGUCAUGCUUGGUGACUGAUGAUAUAUCAAACAUUGGGAUUUAUGGGAUGGGUGGAGUUGGUAAGACCACAUUGGCAGAGCACAUUAAGUACCAUCUCUCAGAAAAUACUGAUUAUCUCGUGCUUUGGGUUACAGUAUCUCAAGAAUUUAGUAUCACUAGUUUGCAGGAUAGGAUUGCUGAUGUCUUAGGUAUUCAUUUAUCAAAUAAGGAUGAGGAAGAAGUAAGAGCAGAUAUAUUGCGUGGGGCACUCAGGAAAAUGCAAAGAUUAAUAGUACUCAUAUUGGAUGAUGUUUGGCAAGAAUUUUGUUUAGACAGGGUAGGGAUUUGUCUUUGUCCAAGAAAUUGCAGAUUGAUUUUGACUACGCGCUCACAGGAAGUGUGCAACAGGAUGCAAUGUCAAAGAAUAUUUGCAUUGAAAACUUUGGACACGAAUGAAGCUUGGGAUUUGUUCGAGCAUACACAUGGUUGCAAGACCUUGCUUCGUAAAGAUGUGCGAAAAAUUGCCAAGUCUCUCACGAAAAGGUGUGAUGGUUUGCCUCUUGGUAUUAUCACAGUGGCUCAGAGCAUGAGAGGUGUGAGCUCCAUCUAUGAAUGGAGAACUGCAUUGGAGCAAUUGGAAGCAUGCUCAGUAGGAUUUGAAGAGAUGGAACGACGUGUGUUUCCCAUCCUGCAAUGGAGUUUCAAUUGCUUGGAUGAAUGUCCAAGGCAUUGCUUCCUGUAUUGCUCUCUUUAUCGAGCAAAUAGGAAAAUAAAAAGAAAGGAACUAAUAGACCUGUUUAUUUGGGCAGAGCUGAUGCCAAAGCGGAACUCAAGGUCUGAAGAAUUUAAUCAAGGUCAAAUGAUAUUAAACAAACUGAUAGAAGUUUGCUUGCUAGAAGAAACUAAAGAUUUUGAAGGGGAUGGCUGUGUGAAGAUGCAUGGUUUGGUCAGAGAUAUGGCAUUAUGGAUUGCAAAUGGAAACUCCAAACUAAGGAUGAGUGGAGAUGUACCAAGGUUCUUGGUGAAAAGCUUAGGACGGAGAGAUUUAGAAGUACCACUGCAACAAAAAGAAUGGACAGAAGAUCUCCAUGCUGUCUCUUUUCAUUCAUUUAUUUCGUAUGCAAGUCGAGAAAUAAAAGUUCCACCAGCUUGGUCACCAAAUUGUCCUAAGCUCUCAACCUUGCUUCUUCCUCAUUUUUCCAUAAAAAGAAUUCCAGAUUCAUUUUUUUUGAACAUGUGUGGAAUUAAAAUUGUGAAUCUAAUUGGGUGCAAAGGUAUAACAGAGUUGCCUAAUUCUGUUUCAAACUUGGUGAGUCUCACUGCUUUGAUUUUGGGACAUUGUAAAGACCUUCGAUCUGUGCCACCACUAGGAAAGCUUAAGCAAUUGAGGGAACUGGACCUAUCCUGGACUAAGAUUCAGGAUUUACCUCAAGGUUUGGAAUCGUUGGUCAGCCUCGAAAGGCUUAACUUGGACCAUUGUCAGUCUCUCAUACAAACGAUAAUACCGAAAGGGACAUUUUCCAAAUUGUACCGUCUUCGAUGGCUAAUAUUGCCUCCCUAUGGUACUGUACAAGUUAAUGAUCCAGAAGUGUUGAACCAAUUAGAAAGUUUUAUAGGAUGUUUAUGUUUUACCGACUCUUAUAAAAUCUCUCGGUGGCCAGAACACUAUCAACUUUAUAUCAAUGAUGACUUCUCAUCUUGGAAUGAGUCUGAUGACUUGGACGAUGAUAUUGGGGAUGACAAACAAUUGUAUUUUCAUCAAUGUAACUUUGGUAGAGGAUUGAACUGUGCUGUGCUGUUGCUGCCAAGUGAUAUGAAAAGUCUAGUACUCCAGGAUUGUGUCGGCAUGGGCAUUAGGUACUUGUCAGAUGUUUUUAUCAAUUUUACAAGUUUAAAUGACUUGUCUUCUUUGACGAUUAGGGGUUUGGAUGGAAUAGAGUUCCUCUUGCAAUUUUCCUCUCCUGCUCCACGUGAUCAGCUGGAAGUUUCAUCUUUUAGUCCACUAAGGAAUUUGCAAGAGCUAAUACUUGGGGAUUUGCAGAAUCUGGUGGGUUUCUUUUUUGGGGAAUCAAAAGCAUAUUUGCUUCCACCUGGCACCUUUUCUUCCCUUGUGUGUUUGUCCGUUUACAAAUGUCACAACAUGAAGCAACUAUUCACAGUGCAGCUGCUGCAGAAUCUUGAAAAUCUAAGAGUAUUGUAUGUCCAUGAUUGUGAAGGACUAGAGGAGAUAGCAGCAGCUGACAAUGGUGUAGAACAAGGAGGAGGAGAAGGCGUCCAAUGGACUUCAAGUGAAGCCACUGCAAAUGUCAUCCUCACUGCAAAUGUCAUCCUUCCAAAAUUACGUGCGUUGAGAUUGGCUCAACUGCCAGAACUGAAGGACAUUUGUAAGGCAUCCAUGAUCUGUGAUUCAAUUACGGAGAUCAAAAUGUUUCAUUGUCCAAAGCUGAAGAGACUGCCUUUGUUUCUUCCCAUCAUCAAUGGACUACCAUCUCCUCCCAGCACUCCUCUUAAAAUCAUGGGAGAUAAAGAAUGGUGGGAAUCGUUAGAGUGGGAAAAUCCCUGCACCAAAAAGGUCCUUGACCCAUUUUUUACUACCAGAGAGUGGGAUUUUGAAUCCGGUUGUUGA